UUCAAAAGAGCAUCUCCUCUUUCUCUUCUCUCCUCGAGCGAUCCUUGGAAUAUUUGUAGCCUUCAAAAACCGCAAACCAUGUCUUCAAUGGUGGAGGUUAGAGUUCCAAAUCUUGACUGCGAGGGAUGUGCUUCAAAGUUAAAGAAAGCUCUCUUCAAGCUCAAAGGAGUGGAAGAGGUGGAAGUAGAAAUGGAGACACAAAAGAUUACAGUGAGAGGGUAUGCGCUGGAGGAAAAGAAAGUGCUUAAAGCAAUAAAGCGAGCUGGGAAAGCAGUGGAGCCAUGGCCAUUCCCUGGAUAUUCUCAUUUUGCGUCGUUUUACCAAUAUCCCACUUACAUUGUCAACCAUUAUUAUGACACUCACAAAAAUGAAGCAUCCACCGGCGUACAUUCUUUCUUCCAUACCCCUGCUGUUUACUCCGUCGCCGUCGCCUCCGAUGAGGCCAUUGCUUCUCUCUUCAGCGAUGAUAAUCCGCAUGCUUGCACCAUUAUGUGA